AUGAUAUGUGAGGAGCAAAACUGCCAACUAACUAGACAACCAACAUUAGAUGAAGUCAAGAAAGCAGUUCUUGGAUUGAAUGGGGAUAGUGCAUGUGGUGCUGAUGUAUUCAAUGGGAAUCUUUUCCAUGCUUGCUGGGAGAUCAUUGGUGAAGAUAUAUUGGAGAUGGCUGGAUUUGUUAAAGGAAGAAGUAUUAUUGAGAUUGUACUGCUUACUCAGGAGAUAAUUACUGACAUUAGGUUGAGAACUAAAGCAGGUCCAAAUGUUGUUCUAAAGCUGGACAUGAUGAAGGCAUAUGACAGACUUUCUUGGCUUUUUCUCACAAAAGUGUUAAGGAAGAUGGGCUUCUCUGAGAGAUUUAUUGGCAUGAUCUUUGGUAUUGUAUCUAAUAACUGGUACUCAAUUCUUGUUAAUGGGCAGCCACAUGGCUUUUUCAAGUCUUCUAGAGGAGUGAAGCAAGGUGAUCCAUUAUCACCUACUUUGUUCAUAUUGGCUGCAGAGGCAAUGUCAAGGAGUCUUAAUGCUUUACAUAGAAAUCUGUAUUUUUGUGGCUUUGGUAUGCCCAAAUGGAGUCCUAAAAUAAACCAUCUUGCUUAUGCUGAUGACACAAUUAUAUUCUCAUCAUCAGAUGCCACUUCCUUAAGGUUGAUCAUGGAUGUCUUGAAUUCAUAUGAAGCAGCUUCAGAGGUGGUGAACAAGAUUGAGGGAAUUACUGGGAUAGGGAGACAGGAAUUUCCAUUCACUUAUCUUGGUUGUCCUAUCUUUUAUUCAAGGAGAAGGAUGGAUUAUUAUGAGGAUUUAAUUACUAAGGUAAAGGAUAAGUUGCAGACUUGGAAAGGGAAGCUAUUAUCAGUAGGUGGAAGGGCAGUACUGAUUAAUAGUGUGCUGCAAAGCAUGCCUAUUCAUCUCCUAUCUGCAGUGAAUCCACCUGCUUAUGUGAUCAACAGGUUACACAAGAUAUUUGCUAGGUUCUUUUGGAGCAGUUCUAUGGAGGGCAAGGCUAGACACUGGGCUUCUUGGGACAAUCUUUGCCUACCUAAAGAGGAAGGAGGGGUAGGAUUUAGAUCAUUGCAUGAUAUGUCCAAGGCCCUAUUCUGCAGGUUAUGGUGGAAUUUUAGGACCAAACCAUCAUUGUGGAGUUCCUUCAUGUGUCAAAAAUACUGCAAAAAGAUGAAUGCAAUUAUUGUUCCUUGGAGAUAUAGCUCUCAUGUGUGGAGGAAGAUGUUGGAAUGCAGAGAUAUUGUGGAGCAUCAAAUUUACUGGAAAAUUCAGAUGGGAUCUUCUCUUUUCUGGUUUGACAAUUGGACAGGAUUAGGAGCACUUUAUUUUCUGACACCUUCAGAAUUCAUAGUUGAUGAAUCAAUUCAAAAUGUGAAUGAAGUGAUGAUUGAAGGACAGUGGGAUGUGGAAAAGCUUAGGGAACUGUUACCAGAUGAUUUAGCUCUACAUAUCAUAAAUAACAUACCAUGCCCUGCAUAUUCAGAUGAACUGGACAAACCUAUUUGGAGUCUAGACACUAGAGGGCAAUUCUCAGUUAAAACUGCUUGGCAAUACCUGAAAAGAAGGAAAGAUCCUGCUCUUGCAUUCUCUAAUAUGUGGAUUGCUGGACUGCCAUUUAAAAUUUCCUUUUUCAUGUGGAAGCUGUGGAGAGGUAAACUACCUCUGGAUUCUACUCUAAGAAGAAUGGGAUAUUUUGUGCCUUCCAAACGCUGGUGUUGUAUCAGGCAAAAUGAAGAAACAAUUAGCCAUGUUUUCUUCAGAUUUUACACAGCUACAAAGGUGUGGUCAUACUUUUUCAAUCAUGCUGGAAUAUCUCUUGAAGGUUUGAGUUUGCAUCAAGCUAUAGUCAAGUGUUGGACCUUAAAGGUGAUAACUAGAUUGAAGCCAAUUUUUUUAGCCUUACCUUGUAUCAUUGUAUGGGAGCUGUGGAAAAGGAGAAACAGUAAUAAACAUGGUGAACCUGUGUCUACUAAUAGGGUGGUUUUUCAAGUCUGCACAACUAUUCAGGCACUUAUCAAAUUGAGAAAGCCUGGGAUUUCUUUAUGUGCCAUAUAG